UUUUUUUGCUUACCGCAACUAGCAAGGGACUACUGCUCUUUGAACUCUCGUUCAGAAAAUUAUUUAAUUGAUUAUAAUUUAUGUUAUUUGGCCACGUGACUUUCUCACCGCCGCUGGGCAAGCUGUCAAUCAAAAUUGGACGUAAUGGUAUUCGCCAAACACAAUCGGAGAAGACACGAAAACUAGAGUCUUUGACUUAUGAAAGUGUUAAAAUUUGACCUCAUAUGGUCUUCCUUGCCGUUCCGUUUUCUUCCUUGUACGAUGGUAUGAAACAGGUAAGACGUGGAAACGACUGGAGUGGGAUUUCUGACGCUGUAGGAUGUCAUCCUCCGUGAAGGCAAUAUUUCCGUCCAUCUCUAUAAGCAAGAAGAAGGGAAAGACAACCUCUGGAGGAACACCGCAGACUUCAAAUGCACAAUCCCAGCCUUUUUUGCGGCCCUUGACUCCGGAAUCUAAUCGCAAGCCGCAGCAGACUGCCUCAAAUCCAAUCGAUCCGCUGCGAAGUGCCCUAACUGCUCGAGGACCUUCGCCGAUUCCUUCUCCUUCGACAGCACGAAGGACAACCACUGGUGAAGGAAACCCUUCAGCACUAGAAAAUGGAUCUCAACUGAGCCAGUCAACUCCAGAUUUGAGGCUCGGUUUUAGGCAUGUUAGAAGUAUUAGUCAACCUUCGGGUUUAUCUACAACUUCCCACAGGGAGUCAUUUUCUUCGGUGACAUUUCCAGAUCGCAGCAAUUCGGUCAAUAGCGAUACUGGCUGUUAUACUGAAACCGCAGAAGAACCUAUGAUUCUACAGGAAGAUAUCAUAGCUUUAACCUGCCACGUUCGAAACUUUUCCGACGCUUUGAGCUCGCUUCGAAACACUUUUAUAGAAUGCGAAGAUAAUCCUGACAGUGAUCCGCCACAGCUGUUAGCCCAUGAACGUCUUGGUGAGGUCCUGUCAGUUCUUAAAGGAGUCCUUAAUACAUACCAACCACUACACUCAACAGACAUACUUGCCUCUGCUGGAACACUGAUUAGUAAGGUCAAAAGUCACAACUAUGAAGACACCAGUAAACCCCCAGAUGAAUUCUAUGAGUCCAUUGAUCAGCUGGCCUUGGCAUUCAGCAGCAGCGUGUCUGAUUUCCUUAUGGGUGAACAGGACAUUGGUCCGUCGGAACAAAGCAUGAAUAAACAUUAUUCACAAUCACUGGAAGACUUUGGCGACGAUGAUGACGAGGAUAUGGACGAGAAAGGUUAUGAAGAGGAUUAUGAAGAUGACCAGGAUUAUCUUGAAGAUGAAGGAAAACCUUUGGAAAAGAAAGAAUCAGUUGACACUUCAGCAGAGAAGGCUGAUGAGUUGGAUCGAGCCCUAAUAAUGCUUGAACAUGGAGUAGAUAUUGCCAUGCAGAGAACCAAAAUUUGGGCCAAGUACUCCAAAGACAUAGAAACUUAUGUUGACAAACGGGCCCACUUGGAGUUGGAGUACACUAACAAACUAGCAAAACUUGCACAAACAACAAGAGCUGCAAUCAAAGAGGAGAAUUACCUGCCUUUUCAGUCUAUUUAUGUAACAGCACUUGAUAAGGAUAUUGACUAUGCUGAGAGUGCCAAUAAAACAUAUGCAGCCCUCUUGGCAAGCCGGUUUAUGGAGCCUUUAACAGCAAGAAGACUUAAGCAUGAGAAGAUAAGAAAGGACCUAAAGGACAGCUGGGCUAAAUCUUGUAAAAAACUGACUGAGGCAGCAGCAAAUCUUAAGAAGGCAAAAUCUUUGUAUAUCCAGAAACAACAGGAACUAGAAAAGGAAGAGUCGACAUUCUCACGCGGGGCCAAGAAGAAAGAAGGUGAUAUCAAAAAAGCUGACGAGGCAGAGGAGAUGUACAAGUCUUGGGUGGCAGAAGCUAAUGCAAGGCAGAGGGAAUUGGAAAAUACUAAAGCAAAUAUCCUGGUGGAAUUACGUCAACUUGUCUAUCAGUGUGAUAUGACAAUGAAGGCGGUCACAUGUAACUAUUUCCAGAUGAUGAAUGCGCUUGUAUCACCCGGCCCAAUUCAGUUUCAGACUCUCGCAGAAAGCAGUAGGAAUUAUGAACCUGGAAACCAGUUCGCAGAAUUCGUUCGUCUACAACAAGCCAAUUCACCUCAAGCUGUUGAACAAGUCUUUCAGUUUGAACCGUACUCUGCAGGAUACCCAGACAGAGGACCACAGACUCCGUCACGCCACAACUCCUUAUUUGAUUCACGUAACAUUCAUAUCCAUUCCGCCAUGGAGGAGACAGCGAAGAUUUCAUCACCAUUUACCCCUCGCCGUAAUAAAAGUCUUCAGCUGCACAAUGUACAGAGUGUAAACAGCUCGCAACAGCCGAUCAAUGCCUGGAGUAAUCUAAAGGAACACAACAGUGAUGGUGACAGUACAACUAGUCGAUCCUUACCAGGGUCCCCCUCGGGCAGCCCGACCUCAGAUCGUAAAGCCAAAAUUCCUCGCGCCCAGUCACUUGAGUUUAUCUCAUCUGAUGAUGCUGAAAACAAAGAUGAGAGAAGAAGUACUAACGGACCUGUCAACCCAGGCUCCAAUAGAAGACGUAAACCCAAGGAGCGCCCAUCCGCGGGUCCGUUCCAGAAUAUCCGCCUGUCAGCAUCAGCGAAGACGCACACGUUGAAGAAACUCCGCUCGGCCUCCAAGUGUCGUGAAUGUGACAGUUAUGUGUAUUUCAAUGGUGCAGAAUGUGAAGUGUGUGGUCUGACUUGUCACAAGAAGUGUUUGAAAGAGCUCAACAUAAGAUGCGGAAAGCUCUCGAAUGGUCAACGGCGCAUGACAACGUUCGGAGUGGACUUCAAUAGUCAUCUUCGACAUUCGGCUACUGAAGAGGAAAACAUACCUCACAUUAUCUCAUCGUGUAUUGACGAAAUUGACAAUCGAGGUCUUGAUGUCAAGGGAAUAUACCGGGUGUCUGGAGUCAAAUCUAGGGUGGAGAAACUUUGCCAGUCGUUUGAAAAUGGAGAGUACCAAGCUGACUUGUCAGAUACACCACCCCAUGUCAUAGCUGCCGUUCUUAAACUCUACCUCCGACAGCUCCCAGAGUCGCUUUUGACUGUCAAGCUCUAUCCGGAAUUCAUCCGCGUUGCUAAGGAGAGCUUCGCCAUAAUAGACAACUCCACGACGUGCAAAGCAGCUUCGGAAAACGAAGAUAUCCAAGAAGAGUACCAAAGCCUUACCCGAAGACUUCGGGAAGUCGUCAUGCAGCUUCCGACAGCUAACCGUGUGACUGCGGCGCGUUUGAUUAAGCAUCUGAGGAGAGUUUCAGAUCACGAUGAAGCGAAUGCCAUGCCCGGAAGCAAGCUGGCAAUCGUGUUUGGACCCACACUACUGAGACCAAGUGAAAACGAAGUAACUACCACGUUGUCUUCUCUAGUGGAUAUGCCUCACCAGACUCGCCUAGUUGAGCUGCUUAUCGCAAGUCCUGAGGUAUUUGAAUACCCUGAAGCCGACGAUUCAAUAUCACGGGAAAGACCUGUAGAAAAAUUCAGUCCUCCCAAGCCGCUUGAAAGAGAAGGCAGUUUGGUAGUAAUCCAGAGUAUGCGAUCUGCUGGAAAUAAUCCAGACGACAGUUAUGAGGCGGGGGAUGAAGAGAGCUUGAUCAACACACCAGACAUAAGCAUAUCUCAGCCUCACUCGGACCACUCUCCUGUUCGACGCAAUUCCAGCUCCCCGGCAGCAAUCAACGCAUCCCAACCAAAGACCAUAAACAUACCACCGUCGCCUUCGCCUUCAACGAGGAGCAGCCUUGGAUUUGGAUCAGAGUUUUUUGAUCUUCUUGCGAGGUCCAACAACAGAAGUGAAGAGCUGAAUGAUCGCGCGCAUUACAGCAUCCCAGAGUUCCUGCUAUCAGACUCGCCGCGUGAGAGAGUUGCAAUUCCUCGGGAAGAUUCCGAUAUGGAGGAUGAGUACGAGGACGACACUACUCAAGGAACAAGUGGAUCUCGUACUCCAGACGACGAUCUGGAUUCUUCUCAUUUUAGUGCUGCAAGACGCGUAGGCUCUCCACGGUCCUCUAACGAAAACUUAGCGGACGAUGAUAAGGUCAACUCAAUUCGGGAACCAUCGUUCUCGGUGAUUUCUCGGAGUUCUUUGUCUUAUUCCUUCGCUCCGAGCUUCACUUCAGAUGUCACUAAUUCACUAUUACCCGAUCCCUCUGAUAGCGUUGGAUCGGACAAGAUAAAUACCUCGAGAGGCGUCGGGAUUCCUUUUAAUGAAACACGGAUCUUUAAUGGUCAAUAUGAUUUUCGCAAUCGGUCAUCUUCGGGAAACACUGCAGAAGAAACUCGUCCACGAACUUUUGUAAAACGAAAUUCUGAUCUUCCAGGCCGGGCUGGAAACGUUGCUGACUACAGCAAGGUAUUUUAUCCAAUCGGGAUGAAACAGUCGGCUAGUUACUCUAAUCUUCACAAAGACCCCAAUUCCAUCGAGGAGGAAGUAUCCUUAAGAGCGAUUUCUGAAGUUGCCAGUUCAUCUUCCAACACAGUAACCAGCUCGAAAAGCGACAUACUUGAUAGAGAUGAUCUAGCCGAAGGCGAUGAUCAUACUUAUCUUGUCAACCAAUCAGUGGCUGUAAUUGAUGUUGACUUUAAAGGGGCGCUGUUACCUGAAGGGGUAGGGGACAGUUCGGUAAUUGGUUCCACGGCGAGCGCGGUCAGUCCCGUGCAGUCCUCAAUUAAAGGGAAAGCAGAGAGCAAAGUGGUAGCUUCAUCUCUGACCCCACCGCAAAGCCCUGCCCAGUCUCCCUCUAGCGAGUAUAAAGAUUUCGAUGUCUCGUUAACAACCUCAGCCGAUAAACCCGCUUCCGUUCCCGAGAUCCCAUCGGAGACCGGUCCACGUGAGCUAAUUAUUCCUGUGAUGACGGCUUUGCAGGAGAGAAGAUCUCCGACUCCAAACUCUCCCACUGCUGAAGAAUCCUCCGAGUCGCAGUCUUCAGAUAGAGCUGAAACUCCGGUUGAUGCAACGCCUGAAAAGAAGGCAGUCAGUGUAGUUGACGAUAAAAAGCCUGAAAUGAAAGGGAAGCCUCGGUCCACUUACACUACUCGGGUAUCAGUCAAGGAUCGGCUACAGCAGUACGAGCGAAAUCGUUCGGCAAGCGUCGACUCUAAUCGGAAAACCUCGUCGGAGCUAUUUAGUCCGAACACUGUAGCGUCUCGAAAGCAGAGAUUUGAACAAAGAGAGCGAGGAGUGUACAAGCGCGUCAGCGACAUGACAACUGGGAAGCCAAGAAGUGACUCCGGCGGUAGUGGAUCGGGCUCGGCCAGUGGUAGUCCUAAGUUGUCAAGGAAAUAUCUCAAUGACACUGACGAUGGAGACAAAAAUAAGCUGGUAAACGAUAAGCAAUGCGAACCACGUCUUCGAAAUAGAAAGGAGAGGUCAGAAAAUACCGACAGUCCACGAAAUUUGAUUCUCGACAAACUUGAUCGGCAGCGAGAAAGUGAAGAUGACUCUUUUAAACUUGAUUUAAACGAUGGAGCCACUCUGUCUCCGAGAGAAAUCGACUUUCCCAUCGAUAGUUUGGGUGCUGCAGAUAAGAAUAGAUCUGAAAGAACACGAAGAAGUCCGAGUAAUAGUCCGAGGUCGAGUCGGACAAGUACUCGUUCUUCGUUUCCCGACGAUAGUAAGGAGGAGGAUCGAGAGCCCCAGUUCGUGUAAUUUUGUCGUCGUUCAAUUGGUAAUUUUCCAGUUUUCUGUCCAGGAGUGCGUGACGUCUAAAGCGCUCGGUUAGGCUCUGUGAUAAAUAUCACAACUUAAGACAAAAUCAACUUCGUUUCCCGUCCAUAUCGUAAAGAAUGACUGAAAUAAGACCAUUGUUGGAACAUUAACUUUAUUGUUAUGUGGUGACCGGAGUUUGAUGGAAAUCAUUUGCUUGCUUGGAGAGCUAUUGAUGUUCUUUUGAAGUUUAUGGAAACUUUUCUUUAAGAACUUUACCGCCACAGUCAUCUUUAUACAUGUUUUUCGUUACUUUUUAAUACCCUGUUGAGGAAACAACCCCACUGUUAAUCUUUUACGCCCUCGAGGUUGAUCCUUUCACUCCUAGUAAUGACCAAUGAGCAAAUUCUCCUCACUAUAUCCUUGAUGUCAAGCAGAAAGGUGUUGAGAAUUCAGAAUAGUGUUGACUUAAGACCUAGUCACACGCUUCUUUCGUGCUUAGCAACCUACCGCGUGCAUCCAUAUUUCAAUAGCGUUUUAUAACAUGACAUUGAUACAUUGUAGCUAAAGAGUUCCCUUUAAUUUAACAAAUCUUACGUGAACAGAAAAAAAACAAGCGCGCGCGGAAAAAAAUAGUCUUUGCAUUUGCUCACGUCAGCAGCGUUAACCCAUGGGCAAAUUGACCGAUCAGACUGCGCUCUUUACUUUGGUUAUGUUACAAACAAAAAGGGGUUAGGUUUCUAAAGAAACUAUGGUGCUGCGUCACGGGG